CCCCUGCUAUUGACGUCCUGCAGUUGCGGCGUUCCGUUUGUAAUUGUUUCACACGGGUCUGUACGACUUAUGAGACUGUUUGAGGGCUGUCUGUGUAUCUGCCACACUAAUUCUUAAACAGAAUCUCUAGCGUUGCUAAGUGAGAAAGAAGCGGCGUCCACGACAGGCGCAACGAGCUUCCUGGCUGGCUGCCUGACCGCCCGCCCGGCCACCCACCGCUUUUGCUGGUAGCAGUCGCAGAUACUUUGUUGGUCCUUAUUACUUUGGUCUUCACUGCACUCGCGAAAGCGUAAAGAUCGGCCGCUGGUUGUGGAGGCAAUAGAAGAGGUGCAUUCAGCGGCAACAACAGUGUGGCUGUAAGUUGGCUUGCCAGAGGAAGCUCAGCAGUGGUCCAUAUCGCGGAGUCAUUGUGUUACGGUAGUUUUAAUGUUACCUGUUCGGCUGCAUUUGGUUCCGUCGCACAUCUAAUGUUUCGAUUAAGUGAGUGAGUACGUGAGGAAAUGACUGUAUCUGUUGGAUGCUGUUGUAUUGCGGGUCAGUGUUCGAGAGUUGGUACGUAUCGAGUACACGAAGCUAUUACUGCAGCGCAACGGUAACGUCUCGAUGAUCCUUUUCGAAGUAAUAUCGUGAUUUGUUGCGGUCCCGGUAGAAGACGACUCUUGUUGUUGUUGUUAUUAUUGUUGUUGUUGAGAGUUCCAGGAUUCCGAAUAUGGUAUAGACACUGGUACUAGUUCAAAUGAUUCGGAGAGGUUUGUUUGUUCACUUUAGUUGUUAUUAAUUCUGCUACUAUAAUACUGUUUCGACGACGACGACAACAACAACAACAACAACUGCGCCCAUCCAUCAGUGAUGCGUGCUCUUGAUGGGUGCUUCUGUUGACCGUGCUGUGUCUGAUUCGGGUGUGCGUGUGUGUGUUUGGCUCGAGGCGCGCCGAAUAGCUACUUCCAUACAGUGGCGAAUCAACGGCGAAAUACGGACAGCAUUUAUUUAUGUGUUUCUGUUUGUUUGGCUGUACGUGUCCCCCUCUCUCAUAGUGUCAUUGUCGUCAGAUUGUUUGUAGCCUUGUUUUUACGAAAAUAGAUUGCGCUAGAACACUCGUUACAGCCUCUUCCCUUUCCCGAACUACCAGUAAAUAUUUACGCUGGUGCUGCGACUGUGAUUAUUGCCCACGUUUAUCGUAUAGUAUGAAUUGUUAUUGUAAUUGCAGAGGUUGUGUCAUCAUCAACCAACUAAUAUCGUACCAUCAUUACGAUCAAUGUAACUGGUUCGAGGUAGAUACGAUACAGUUAUGGGAAGCGUGUGAAUUAAUAUAUUGGCAAUCACCAGCCACGGUGUUCUUAUCUCGUCAUCUGGAACACUUUAUAACAUCUCCAUUAACAACAACAGUGAAGAGUCGUCGCGCACAUGAGUUGCCAGCGCCAACAGUCAGGACCAGUCAGGAGUGCUGCCAGCGGCCGAUCAUCUGCGACUAUAACUCAUCGUUUUUCUGUUGCAAAUAGCGAGGAAGGUAAAAGACAGUGGCCAUCAUCAGAAGGAGAGAACAGACUGGUCCACGUCAGAAGAAGGAGUUCAGAGCCAUCAGCGUGCAGAGGACAGUGCCGUCCAUUUGAGCUGCUGGUGUGCCCCGUGGGUGAUGUGCUUCAGCAGGUGGAGACGGGUCGGCCGUGCAGAGUGAUGUUAUGACGCAUCACGAUGCCUUUGUACAUCUGAUUGCCGGAGGCCUGGGCGGGACUGUUGGCGCGAUCGUGACCUGCCCCUUAGAAGUGGUCAAAACACGUCUUCAAUCAUCGGUGUCCCAUUUUCAUAUUCCCCCUGAACCUCCGACGCUGUUCCAACGACUUUGCACGAAACUUGGAGCUCGAGACGCCCACCCGGGGGUCAACCCCCAAGGCCCAGCGCCUCAUGCGACAUCAGCCAGUGGGACAAACAUUGGAUUAUGGCGGUGCUUGCGGUACAUAGUGGAAACAGAAGGUGCUCGAGCGCUCUUUAAAGGCUUAGGUCCAAACCUCGUAGGAGUGGCGCCCUCGCGAGCGGUCUAUUUUGCCACAUACUCCAACUCGAAAUCAUUUCUGCUGGGAGUUUUACCGCCCGAUCUUCCCGUGUCUUUGGCGCAUAUCAUUUCAGCAGCCUCCGCGGGCUUCGUAUCAUGUACUUUGACCAAUCCAAUAUGGUUCGUCAAAACUCGACUUCAGCUCGACGAAAACACAUACGGACAGCGGCAAACUGCUGCGGAGUGUAUCAAAGACAUUUAUCGGCACCAUGGCGUUCGGGGUUUCUACAAGGGUGUCACAGCGUCAUAUUUCGGUAUCUCAGAGACGAUUAUCCAUUUCGUUAUCUACGAACACGUAAAAGCUCUCCUGCGCUCGAAGGAGACUGAGGGCAACCGGUUCUCGCAUUAUAUGAUAGCGAGUUCGAUCUCAAAGACGUGCGCAAGUGUCAUUGCGUACCCUCACGAAGUAGCACGAACACGGCUUCGUGAAGAAGGCCGUAAAUACACGGGCUUCAUACAAACGCUAACCCUUGUGUAUCAUGAAGAAGGCUUUCGGGCGCUCUAUCGAGGUUUGGCCACUCAGCUUCUCCGGCAGAUACCGAACACUGCCAUUAUGAUGACAACGUAUGAGGGAAUUGUUUUCCUUUUCACACAGAAGCGACCGCCAGAUCCACCCGACAGUUGACAAGGGACUGCAAAUGACUGUUAAUAGCGUGGCGACCUAACCCAAAGCGAUUUCAGUUAAUAUGAACAAUGAAAAUCACUGGCUUACCAUUCAGACUAACCUGUUAACUGGUCAUGAGCUGUUGUGUUAUUCUCAAAAUAAUGUCUCUCAAUGAGAAAGGCAUUUUCCAGACUGAGAAUCAGAUCCCGGUACAAAAAUUGCACAUUGCAAAGUAUUGUAAAAUGAUACGGUUUGUACGUGAUAGACCGCAGAUUGAGCGACCAGUCUACAUAGCAAUUUAAAUGACAUUGAUGAAUGAUGUUUGAGGCAUGACAAAGCGGUAAACGAUAAAUGAGACAUUAAUGAACCAACGUAGUACUCAACUUCAUUUUAAUGAUACUUCCAAAUGCAAAAAACAAAGACUAGACUUUGGUCAACGUUGGCAAUUAGCAAAGCUACAUCGUAUUUCUCUUGCUGCGACACGCAAAAUGUUACGAGACAAGCGCUACUGUGGUCGAUUGCAAUCUAAGCUUAAUGUGACAUGUCAUAUGAUAAUAAGACUUAGGUUAGAAUAACCAGAUACUAACACUUUGUGAGUAUUUUUAAAUUUCCGAAGAUGCAAAGAUGUAACACUGGAAAAGUGAAGUAGCAGUCCUUUUUGUAUAUGAUAAUGUGGCAAAUGUAGUGAGUGUAUAAUGCAUUGGCUGAUUCGUCGCUCUGGGCGUCGCUCCUUUGACGUUUUAGGCCUCGAAAAUUCGAUCAUAAUUAAGCGGUCAGAUUGCGGGGCUUAGCAAUCAUCAGAUGCGGUUUGACCUUGAGUGUUCCAUAUGUAAUAGAUAAAUAUACACACAUAUAUAUUUGGAGUGAGGAAAGGUCAAUUGUAUUGAAUGGUGGACAUAGACGAGAACAAGUGUUUUUUUUCCAAAUGGUAUCCAAAUGUUGCAAAAAAAGAAAAUCAACAAAAUUAAACAUGGGUAGAGCUAUGGUUCAUGGUGCAGUAUAACAAUACAAAUAUGUAAUAAUAAUCAUAUAUAAAUAUGACCAUAAGGAACCAAGAGGAUAAAAUAUAACAGUAAUAACGUUGAUAAUGUAAGUGAUUACCAUUUUUGUUGUUGAGCGUGGAGGAAGCAGUAGCUGCAGAGGAGCUGAAAAGGUACGAGAUGAAGAGCAGUUUUUCAAUGCUGAUGUGUCAGAGUUUUGAUUAUUACGUCUGUGAGGAUGUGCCAUUUUAUUUGUUGCUUUGUUGUCAAUAAACAAUGAUGUACUAUGUGUUUUGCGAUUCUCUUGUGACGGGCCAAAGAUCACGUCAGCGACAACACCAACCACAAUGGCUGUUACGCUGGACGACUUUACAAAAUUUCAAAAUGUAAUGAUAGUGAUGCUGAUGAUGUUUAUUUGUCAAUAAUUCUCAACUAUUAUCGUCAAUCUUUGUAACCCCGCACUUUCUCCCAGUAUAUAGGCAAUGAUCGAAAUUAGCUGUUUUCUGUCGUUAGCUCUUAGUUGAAUCUGAAGCUGAAUUAACGGAAGCUACUUUACCUUCUUUUGCAAAAACAAUAAAAAAUAGAUCCGAUUUAUACGAUAAUAAUGAUAAAUUCAAUGAUUAUGGUGACGACGGAGAUAAAGGAGUUCAACCGUAGUAAUACAUAAUGCAACUUCGUUUUGAGCUAAUGUGCAAUCCCAGAGUAAUUUUCAUUAGUUUCGAUUAGUUUGUCUUUAGCCUAUGAUUAAUCGAGAUCUAUGAGUUGAAAAAACUCAAGCGGAAAGGUAACGUUGGGAAAAAACAGCACGAGUGUCUAUCUAGUGAGAUAAUGGAGAUGAACUGCGUUAUAAACAUUAUAAUACACACACACACAAACAAAUUAUAGAUACAUACGUAUAUGUAACAGAAAUAAUCAUAUAAUUAUUAUAAGUUUGUGUGCGAUGAAGAGAGUUAUAUAAGUUAUGAUGUAAUAAAAAGAGAACUGUUAAUACUGAAGCGGCCAUGUGAAAACAUACAAGAAACUAAAGAUAUAGGUUUUUAAA